CAUUUUGUCAGCGACUCAGCACUCUAGUGUUGUUGUUUAAUAGCUCUAUGGACGGAUCACAUGUCAUUCUGCUGAUUAUAGACUCCAUGAUCAUUGAUGGGCAGUGUAGGCCUACCUCAACAUUAACAAGGAUGAAAAUGAAAGAACUAGGCCUGUUCGCUUACGUUUUUGUUGUGUUAUUACUGGUAAUUCAUUGCAAAGGCGAUUCAUUAAAUAAAGGUACAGUGUAUCUAUAUAAUCAAACUUUUACAUUCAAACGUGGUGUGAUUGAUGAGAAUGGCAUAGCAUAUGGCAUCUAUAAUGACACACUGAAUACAACUGGUUGGUGUAGGCUGCAUGUUAGAGGAGGAUUCUCCAGUCAGAAGUAUAGUGAUCAAGACAUCAUGUAUGCUGCAGGAUUCCUUGAGGGCGCUCUAACUUCAAAACAUAUCAGACAGCAUAGCAUUAACAUGAAUAGUUGGGCCUUUUCUGGAAAGCCUGACAAAUUUAAAGACCUUCUAAAAGACUUCUUCAAAAAGCAGGACACGUGGAUGAGAAUGCAAACGGAGAGCAACAAGAAUGACCCCUUCUGGCAAGGCAUCGGUUUACUUAUAGCUCAAUUUGACGGUCUUGUGGCCGGAUACAAUUCCAAUCCAUAUCAAAAUAAGCUGGAUAUUUUUGAUUUUCAAAUCUUAAAUGGUAAUGGUGAUUUAAUUGAUCUUGGGCAUGUCCUAAUGCCAGAACGUGUACCUGACUGGAGGAAAAUGUCAACUCAAGAAUUCAACCAGUUUGUUGCUACAAGUGGUCAUUGCUCAGCUUUGGUAAAGGUAUUGCCAGGGUUUGAGGACGUUUUCAUGGGUCAUUCUAGUUGGUUUACAUAUGCUGCCACCUUAAGAAUUUACAAGCAUUACGAUUGGCAACUGCAGCAAAAGGUAGCCAGUCAGAGGAUUUCUUUUUCAAGUUAUCCUGGCUACCUGGAAUCACUUGAUGAUUUCUACAUUUUGGGCAGUAAAAUGGUGAUGCUUCAGACUACAAACAACAUUUUCAAUAAAGAAUUAUAUAAGCAUGUCAAAGCAGAAUCCUUACUGGCAUGGCAGAGAGUAAGAUUGGCCAACCUACUAGCCAACAAUGGCUCUGAAUGGGCUAAUAUUAUUCGUCGCUACAAUUCAGGUACCUACAACAAUCAAUAUAUGGUGAUUGACAGGAAAAAAAUAUCAAAAACGAGUAUUGACGAUGGUGCAUUGUGGGUAGUAGAACAAAUACCAACACUUGUGGAAUCGGGAGAUGAAACAGCUGUCCUGAGAGCUGGGUAUUGGCCAUCAUAUAAUGUACCCUUUUAUGAGAAAAUCUACAACUUGAGUGGCUACCCAGAAGUGGUAAGGGAGAGGGGUCCAUCGUACUCGUAUCAAUUGGCCCCAAGGGCCAUGAUCUUUCGACGGGAUCAAAGUACUGUUGUUGAUAUUGAAUCUUUCAAAACUAUCUUAAGGUAUAACAAUUACAAAAAUGAUGAGUACUCAGAUGGUAAUCCAUGUAAUUCUAUAUGUUGCCGUGGUGAUCUGAUGUUAAACACAUCUACAAAUGGUUGCUAUGAUACAAAGGUAACAAAUAUGGAGAUGGCCGAUAGGUUUGUUGCUUAUGCUAUAAGCGGCCCAACAAAAAGCCAUGGACUACCUCCUUUCAAGUGGACGACAAACUUCAAUGUAUCUCAUGUUGGUCUUCCUGAAGUAUAUAACUUUGAGUUUAUAGAAAUGGAAACAAUCUUUGAUUAGUGUACUGACAAAAAAGAUCACAACAUGUGGCUACUGGAUAAAUCUGACCAGUUGCCCACUAGUGACUAUUGUAACAUCCAUUCGUAGUCAUGCUGAUGAAGUGAGGACUAGUAUUAUAUAUAUAGUAUUAUUAUUACUUUUCCUGAAUAAAAUAUUUUGUGUUCUACUGUCUCA